AUGAAACACCUCGUACUUUUUAUAUUAGUUACUACAUACUUUAGGCUGCACGAAGCUUGCGACAAGAAUCGUGUUAUACUUCAUAACGAACUCGGUCCUGGUAAACUUCUCAGUUUCCGUUGUGUUUCCAACGUUGAUGAUUUAGGCGUACAAACCUUAGCCUUCAAUGCUUCUCCAUAUAUCAUUUCAUUCCAUGACGACAUACUUAAGGUCACAACAUGGAGGUGUUUGUUAAGGCACGGAGCUAACAUGGAAUAUUUUUACAGAGUUGAAGUAUACUCGACAGGAGAAAGACUUCUCCCUAGAUGUGGCCAGGUACGUGUAUGGACGGCCAAACUUGAUGGGAUAUACUUUUCAAAAAGCCUUGAUACACCACCCGUUUUAGCACUACAUUGGAAUAAAGAAUAA